AUGGAUCAGAUCGGCAGCGAUAUGCUGCUCGACUCCGACUUCGAUGAGAAGCGCCUGACGCCUAAUGACGACAACGAGAACGUCGCCAUCAUCACUCCCGACGAUGUUGACAGCAUGGUGGACGACAUAGAGACAUCCGCCGAACCAGCGCUGCCCUUGGCGACAGAUCACGAGGGAAUGAAAGAGCGGUUCAUGCCGGCAUAUCCGGAUUAUGAGACCGAAGCAGAAGCGACUUUCACAUGGGACAUUACAAAUUGGCGGUCGUUAGCCAAGCGGACACAUGGACCCAGCUUCACAUGCGCCGGCCAUCCGUGGAGAAUACUGUUCUUCCCAUUCGGUAACGCUGCCUCGGAGAGUGUCUCCUUCUACCUUGAGCAGGGCUUCGAAGAGGAGAAGCCGCCAGAGGAUUGGUAUGCCUGCGCGCAAUUUAUGCUGGUCUUACACAACCCCAACGAUCCGUCAAUAUACAUACACCAUGAGGCGAAUCAUAGAUUCACAGCCGAGGAGGGCGAUUGGGGCUUCACGCGAUUCGCAGACAAGAAUCGCAUCUUUGCCGCCAAGUUCGACGGUGCUGCUGAUCGACCGCUGGUGGAGAAUGACUGCGCGCGCAUGACUGCAUACGUGCGAGUGCUCAAGGACCCCACAGGUGUACUAUGGCAUAAUUUCGUCAACUACGACAGCAAGAAGGAGACUGGCAUGGUCGGCCUGCGCAACCAAGGCGCUACUUGCUACCUCAAUUCACUACUACAAUCACUUUACCUCACCGGCUCCUUCCGGAAAGCAGUCUACCAAAUACCGACCGAGACCGAGGAAGGGAGGGACUCCUCUGCCUAUGCGCUUCAACGACUCUUCUACCGCCUACAAGCCGAUCCCAUAGCUGUGUCGACCCAGGAGCUCACACACUCUUUCGGAUGGGAGAGCAGACAAAUAUUCGAGCAGCAAGAUGUGCAGGAACUAUCUCGUAUACUGAUGGAGAAACUGGAGGCGCGCAUGAAGGGCACAGAAGCAGAGAACGCACUAGGCAACAUGUUUGUCGGCAAGAUGAAGACAUAUCUACGUUGCAUUAAUGUGGACUACGAGAGCAGUAGGAUAGAAGACUUUUGGGAUCUGCAGCUGAACGUUUCAGGAUGCAAGAGCCUGGCAGACAGCUUCAAGAACUACGUGGAGGUGGAGACACUGGAAGGUGAUAACAAGUACGCUGCUGAGGGUUAUGGACUACAGGAUGCGAAGAAGGGUGUCAUCUUCGAGAGCUUUCCACAAGUUCUGCAUCUUCAGCUGAAGCGAUUCGAGUACGACUUCCAGCGGGACGCUAUGAUGAAGGUCAACGAUCGAUAUGAGUUCCCUGACGUCUUUGACGCAUCGCCGUACCUGGAUGAGACUGCCGACAAGUCGGAACCAUACAUUUACCAUCUACAUGGCGUGCUCGUGCACUCCGGCGAUCUCAAUGCUGGGCACUACUACGCUUUUCUAAAGCCUGAGAAGAACGGCGAGUUUUACCGGUUUGAUGACGACCGUGUGACUCGUGCGACCAAGCGGGAGGCGAUCGAUGACAACUUUGGCGGCGACUACGCUACUAAUGGUAUCAAUGGUUUACAGAAGGGUCAGAAUCCCUACACUCGGCAGUGGUCGACUAAGCGAUCGAACAACGCGUACAUGUUGGUGUACGUGCGCGAGAGUCGGUUGGACCAAAUUCUGCCACCACUAGACGAUGUCAAGGCGCCUGAACAUUUACCCGUACGACUUGCAGAAGAACGUACAGCAGCUGAGAAGCGCCGUAAGGAACGCGAGGAGGCGCACUUGUACAUGAAUGUGCAGGUGGCAACGGAAGCUAAUUACAAAGCCUACCAGAGCGUCGACAUAAUAUCAUGGCAAGCGGAAGAUUCGGAUGACCCAGCCUUACCGAAGCAAUAUCGACUGCUCAGAAGUAUGACCGUGACAGAUUUUACGGAAUUUGUGUGCCAGCAACAUGGCUUCGAGCUGGAUCUAGUCCGACCUUGGAUCAUGGUCAACCGCCAGAACGGCACCGUGCGGCCUGAUCAUCCGCUGAGCUGGACGGAUAUGACGCUCCAGGAAGCAGCGGACAAGUUCACGACUCGUAAUGGUGGCUUUCGUAUUUUCAUGGAAGAGACGACCCGGGGCGCCGACGGAACACCUAUUUGGCCAAGUGAGGAUGUGAGCGUGCCAUCCUCACCUGUGGUUAAUGGUAACUCCCCGCAGCAACACAAGCCGAUUAUCAUCUUCAUGAAAUAUUUCGAUGUUGACAAGCAAGUACUGCGCGGAGUCGGCCACGUUUACAUGAACCCGUCUGAGAAGGCGCAGGACCUGGCACCGCAUAUUCUGCAGAUGAUGGGCUGGGAGACUGGUGUGCAGCUCGAGCUGUACGAGGAGAUCAAGCAGACUUAUAUCGAAAAGAUGAAGCCGAAGAAUACUCUUGUAGCAUCCGAGAUACAGGACGGCGAUAUCGUGUGCUUCCAACGCCAUCUCAGUGAGGCCGAAGCGACUGCAGUACGACAAACGAAUCCCACAGCAUGUCUUGACGCACCUGCAUAUUACGACUAUUUGAUCAACCGCAUCUACGUGACGUUUACUCAAAAGUUCUCGCCUCCACAGAAUUACGAGGUUCAGACAGAAGGCGACGAGAAGUUUACGAUCGCGUUGUCAAAAAAGGAUAGCUACGAUGCUCUUGCACACAAGGUCGCCGACCACUUAUCUACUGUGUGCACCGUGCCAAUCGACCCAACAUAUCUCCGCUUCACGACGGUUAAUGCCCAGUCCGGAAAGCCGAGAACAUUGGUCAAGCGUGCAGCAGGUACCACUGCGUCAUCGAUACUGUUCAGCAACUCUGGAUACGGUAGCUACAAUUACACACCGAUGCAUUCGCAAGAUCAACUAUACUAUGAAGUCCUGGAAAUGAGCCUUACAGAUCUUGAGCAGAGAAAGAAUGUCCGAGUGAUAUGGCUAUCAGAAGGCAUCCAGAAGGAACAGCCAUUCGAGAUGGCGUUACCGAAGCAGACACAAUUUACAGAUGUCCUGGCCGCGCUGCAAAAGCGAGCUUCGCUACCAGACGAGAUCCUGGAUCAGAUCCGCUUCUACGAAGCCCACAGCAACAAAAUCUACAAGCUCCUCCCACCAACUCAUUCGGUCAUAGCACUGAAUGAGUACAUGACUGUGUACGCCGAGCGCAUUCCGGAAGAAGAACUCAAGGAGAUGGAUGAGAGUAAAGGUGAUAGAGUCAUUUACUGUUUCCACUUCGAGAAGGAGCCUAGUAAGAGUCAUGGCACCCCUUUCAUUUUCAUGUUGAAGGAGGGUGAAGUGUUCAAGGAGACGAAGGACAGAUUGUCGAGAAGAACAGGCAUUAAGGGCAAGAACAUGGAGAAGGUGCGAUUUGCGGUCAUCAAAGGUGGACAGAAUUACUCGAGGCCGGUCUGGGUUGAGGAUGACGACAUUCUUUCCGAAAAGCUUGGUCCCGAAGAUCACCUUGGCCUCGAACAUCCGAACAGACAGCGAGGUAACUGGGCACGGCAUGAGUCUUUGAACAUCCGAUAG